AUGGCUGCUCGUCUGCUAGGCCACUUAAUCCGUCGCAGUCGCCAGUCCAGAUCGCUGGUCGCCCGUACAGGGAGCUCCCGCGGUACAGUGAGCACCUACAGUACGGUGAGCACCCUCAGUACAGUGAGCAUGAAGCGCAUGGAGCACCUGGCGGUAUCGGGUUCCGGUGUUAGCCUGGCGGAACGCGUAUUUAAUGCCCCACUACCGAGUUUCAAUGGAAAUCGUAGUUCGGGUAAUAACCAUUGCAAUAAGGAUAACAAUAACAAGGAUACAAAUGACGCCUUUGAGUUGGCCAUCAAGCAGCUAAACUCCCUGCAGUCGAACGAUGCUGCCAUAAGGAAUUCCAUGAGCAAUGCCCGCGUGGAUACCAAAGCGGAUACCAUUAAAUAUCUGGAGCGGAGUGGUCUGCCGCUUGAAACUGUCGAGCGUCUGUCCUUCAUCCAUGUGGCCGGUACCAAGGGCAAGGGCUCCACCUGCGCCUUGACGGAAUCUCUGCUUCGCCAUCAGGGUGUCCGCACGGGUUUCUUCAGUUCCCCCCACAUUCUGUCCACCAACGAGCGGAUCCGGAUCGAUGGCCAGUUGCUGGCCAAGGAUAAGUUCACGGAGCAGUUCUGGAAGGUCUACAAUCGACUGUGGGAUCGGCGGGAGCACGAUCACGACAUGCCCGCCUACUUUAAGUUCCUGACCAUUCUGGGCUUUCAUGUUUUCGUUGCCGAGAAUGUGGAUGUGGUCGUUCUGGAGGUGGGCAUCGGUGGUGAGCACGAUUGCACGAAUAUCGUGAGAAAUGUGCGCACCGUGGGCAUCACAUCGCUGGGACUGGAGCACACCGAGCUAUUGGGACGCACACUGCCGGAGAUUGCCUGGCAGAAGGCGGGCAUCAUCAAGAGCGGAUCGCAUGUCUUCACGCAUGUCACUCAGCCGGUUUGUCUGGACGUCAUUCGUCAGCGGACGCAGGAGCAGUCAGCCACGCUCUACGAGGUUCCACCCACCGAGGAUUACUUUCGAUCGGACGCAUAUGCUCCGAUUUGGCAGACAUUCAGUCAUUUGAUUCGUCUAAAUGGCUCAUUGGCCAUUCAAUUGGCCAGCGACUGGUUGACGCAGUCGGGCAGACAGCGGCACACUCCCAACGAGGUGAGAAUGGAUCCACAGCUGCUGGGCGGACUGAUAAGCGCCCACUGGCCCGGUCGGUGCCAGCUGAUCGAGUGGCACGGCAUGCGACUGCAUCUGGACGGAGCUCACACACUGGAGAGCAUGGCAGUGUGCACGGACUGGUUUGCCAAGAGCGUGCGGGACAGUGUCCAUCCAAAGAUACUGAUCUUCAAUCGCACCGGAGAGUCCGGUUUCGAGCCACUGCUGCAGCUCCUCAACCGCACCUGUGCCUUCGACAUGGUCUGCUUUGUGCCCAACUUGGCCACCUCCACGCCAAAUGCGCCCAGCCAGGUGAUGGUUCGGUUUAGUCCCGAAAUGCAAUUGCAGCGGGCGCGAACCAUUGCCACGGCAUGGAGUGACCUCUGCGCAACGGAGCAGCAAAAGGAUGUGGGUCAGGUGUUCAAUACGCUGACCGACGCCUUUACCGCCAUCUGGCAAAGAUUCCCGCCAGCCACGGACAGCGACGCACAACUGGAGGUCCUGGUCACCGGUUCCAUUCACCUGCUGGGAGCGGCCAUAAGUGCUCUGGACCUCAUCGAUGAUUCCACAUCUAGAACUAAGAUAUAAGUCGCAUUCGUAACACAAACGGUGUGCAUCACUGAAUGCAAUUGUAUAGUAGCUAUUAGAUUUAGUCGUAGUCCAAAGCAUAUCGCAUAUCACUUAGUUGGACUUUAAAAUGGAUCACAGAAAGCAUAAACUAAUCGAUUUAGUCGUAGUUUAGUCAGUCUAAGCCAAUGUUUAAAGUGUUGUGUAGAAAUAAAAGCCUUAGAAAUGUA